CCACUGCAACUAUGAAGAGGCUUCCGGGAAUUUGUCUUCAAGUCAUAUUCUGCUUACAUCGAAGCGAUGAAUCUCAUCUUCACAUGCUUUGGGAAUUCACCUCGAAGUUAUAGGAGCUUCAUGUCUUCCUACGAUGACACACAUGCAUCCGCCUACUUUUCCGUCAAGUAGAGUGGCACACACGUUCAUGUGUGACAGGUUGGCGCCACUUGUCAUUACAUGAACUCUGGCCACUUCGCGCUCGCCGCGUGUCAGGAGGAGUAGCAGAUCCCAGAAGUAGAGCUCACUUGCUUUGAGGAAUCGGAGGAAAUAUUGCGCCUGAGUUUUGACCUGCAGCUUGGGCGAGCAGAUAUGGACCCCAAAAAGUACGCGAAGAAGAUAAAUAUCGACCCUAAGAAGGCUGAAAAAGGGUUGAAGACGACUCGAGAUUGGGUUUUGAUGAUCGGAGCAGCUCUGUACAUCCUUUCUCCUUUGGACCUCAUUCCAGAAGCGAUUUUCGGAGUGUUUGGAUUGGUGGAUGACGCUCUGGUGAUGUUACUGGCUGUCAUGUUUUAUCUGUCGAAGUACGAUUACAUGAAGUCUUGGACCAAGAAAUUCAGGAAAGCUUGAGCAGAAUGUCGUCUAGACCGGAAAACACGUGUGAUUCUAUUUCAAGGUAAUAAUGGGGAACUGACGGAGGAAGCAUGCGGCUGAGUGGAGACAGCUCACGAUGCACAGAUCGCUGGAACACUCCUGCUCUUUACGAUUGGUAGGGCUCCUUCGCAAGUUGUUGUAUCAGUGGAAAGAGUGGUGUGCGCAAACGAUGCGUGGGUUGGGAGGAGCUCAAAUUCUUACGAACAGGAUCCAGACGCUGGCAGCUGUUUCGAAAUAGGUUCACAUUGAAAAGUUCCGCCAUGAGCACUGUGACAGGUGUCGUCAAAGGUCAAAGAAGGAUUGCACAACAAUUUCAAACCCUCUAGGUUUUUCAACUCGAUGUACAUAAUUUGUAUACCAAUAGUAGGAAUGUUUCUAAUUUAUUUUGAUGAUUAGGAUUGUUCCCAGGAACUACUUCCUGCAGUAGAUGAAUUUACUCCGAUCUUCAGAAAAUUAGGUCGUCAGAGAUUUUGGACGUCGAUAGGUGCAGAGCUCUACAAGAGUUGAAAACUGUUUCGAGCUGAUUGGGUCUUUCUCUGGGGUGUUGAAGAGAGGAAAGUCUCGAACAAAAAUUUUUUCCUCAAGCUGUAGGUAAUAGUGUCAAUAGCUUGAACAUUCAUUCUAUGUACCAUUUCUGUGUGUAAUUGUCAUCUCAAUUCUUGUCGAAUAAAGUUAGUCCCAGUGAUUUUUCUUAUUAACACGUGCGAUCAAUCGUGAGAUGAAAGCUAUGGUCUGUUUGAACUAAAUUAGUCUUCGCUCAUACCCGUGUUGAAUGUUCAGGAUUUGUCAAUUACUGAUCAACAACUGGUUUCAUCGGAGCCCUUGGUUUUCCUUGUGACACCGAGAAUCCUCAGUUUUUUAUGAAUAACCGUCAAUAACAGGUGCUGCAUAAAGCGAUGUGGAGGAUUUGAUACAAGCCGUUCAGAUGAUCUGGUCGGAGUGAACUUCCUGUUGGCCUCCACUUUCUGAGUUCCUGAAUUUUUUUUAAAUGAAAAGGAUUGAAGAAAUUUUUAAAUGUUUUCUAGCGAAUCGAAAAGAUAAUAUCAUUGCCGUGUUCACUGCAUUUUCUUUCUGCACAGAGAGGUCUUUACGAUUUUUCUCAUACAAUAGUCUUCCUCUUAUAUUGAUAUCCUCACCAUGAACAUAUAUUCAUUGGAGUCACGAGGGUAUUCUCCGAGGUGCUGGCAACGAAAGCCAAGGCUUGAAUUGCUAAUGAAGGUAAUUACGGUGAUCUUCUUAUUCGUAGUGAUUAUCAUGAACUUCCUACUAAGGCAGAUAAGAAUAUUGGAUGAGGGAAGUUGUGGCUUUAACUCUGCGUCAGUGAUGCACUUUGUAGAGCUCUUCUUUCUGCAGGUUGACCUUCCCACCAGCUGGCUUUCUUCCAGAGAAGGUUUGGUUUCAUUCUUUUGCUGAAGUCUUAUCAAUCGCUAUUAUCAUUGGGCUAUUGACAUAGACUGGAUUCUGUGCUGACAAGUUUCUGAAUUUUAACAGCAUUUAAAACAAGUAGAUGAUGUUUAGUAGAUUUAUCUGGUUGAGUGAUGAAUUUGAGAAGAUUGCUGUACGCUGUCACUUUACAUUCUAGGCGAACAUCAGUUCUUCCAGUUUAGGUCACAAAAUACAGUCAAGCCCCUAUCAAAGUAUGGACAUCACCACCGUUUGCUUCAACACAAGGCAAGUAGACAUUGUGUUAAGAGCUCUUGAAUCAUUUGCAUCAGAUGGUUGGUUUCAUUCGAUAUUUGGUGAGGUGACAGCUUCUAGAAGAAUGUUGUUUCUGAGAGUGAUUAGACUAUAGGUUAAUUGGAGACAUGGGAGAGGAUUGCGAGCUCCUGAUGAUUCAUUAUUCAGCUUUAAUAACGCAGGUUUCUUCUGAAGCCUUACUAUUCAAGUGAAAGUCUAGCAUUUUAGAACACGACGUUUGUCGAAAUCAUGGAAGGUCUGAAGACAAUUGCAACUGCGGAUACGG